AAAUACAUGAACAAGUCAAUAAAUUAACUUUCUUCACUAAAACAUCAAUGAAGGUUAGAUAGAUAUAACAGAAAAGUGAUAUUUACAAAAGCAGACUGGGAUGUUGUGAGCCGGACACCGCAGACGCCCAAGUACCGCAAAAUCCCUCCUAAAUAUUAUUAAACCACAAUAAAACACGUGAUUUAAACGCUCUUAGCUAACUGCAUCCCUUUAAACAUCCCCAGGAAAAAACAAACAAGCCAUUAAACCCUAUGAAAUAAGAACCAGAACCCCAAACAAACCCACAUUUCCCCCAGCGCCGAUCGUAAACACCAGGAGUAUUUAUACGCAACAAAACAAGAAUUACAACAUAACCAAGCAACGAAACUUAACGAGACUUGAGGAACUUAAUAACACAACAUCAUGCUCUGUGUGGGCGUAGCGGCGAGGCGCGGGCGGGCGUGGCAGGGCGUGGGCGGGAGGAGAUGGUGUGCAUCCCUGGUUGAGCAAGGGAGAGAGAAGCUCAGGGCGUUGGGGGAAGGAGAGGUGACCCUAGAGAAGGAUGCCACCUCUGGGGUCGCUACCAUUACCCUGAGAAAUGCCAAGAGGAGGAAUGCUUUGUCAGGCAGAAUGAUGGUACAGCUAGCAGACACCAUCCACACGGUCUCCAACUGGACAGAAGGCAAGGCAGUGAUUUUAAAAGCUGAAGGCGAUUAUUUUUGCUCCGGAGGUGACCUGACCACCGUCCGCGCCAUCAGCAACCCUAGAGAUGGCCUGCUCAUGUCCUCCCUCAUGCACGACACCCUGACUCGCUUGUACACCCUGCCAGCACCCUCCGUUUGCCUCGUACAUGGCCCUGCAUUAGGGGGAGGCGCAGAGGUGACGACCGCGACAGAUUUCCGAAUAUUUAGCGAAACUGGGAAUAUUUCUUUCGUCCAGGGGAGAAUGGGGGUCGUGACUGGGUGGGGAGGGACUAGACUCGCUCGACUUGUCCGGUACCCAACUGCCCUUGAAUUGCUCCUAACUGGCCGGAAAAUUGGCGCAGAAGAAGCUGUGUCGAUCGGAUUUGCGGAAUUUAUCGUCCGUUCGGAUACGAGACUUGCCGAAACGGAGGAGUGGAUGCGGGUGAGGGUGGUUGAUGUGGCUGAGGUCGUGCGGGGGUUCAAGCGGAUUGUCAUGGGUGCAAGACAUCUGCCGCUGGAGGAAAGUUUAGCGGAGGAAAGGAAAAUUUUCUCUCCACUGUGGGGGGCUGCUAACCUCAGAGCCCUCAGUAAAAAUAUUAAACAUAAAUAAAGAUUGAUAAUUGAGAGAAUAACAGAUAGAUGGUGGUGAUUGAAGGGGGAGGUGGUGAUAAUGAUAAUUAAUGGAAGGAGGAAGGCGUAAAAAUGUGAUAAUUGAAGGAGGUACUGAGAAAUGUUACGAUAAAUGAAGGGGAUAUAGAAAAUGAUGAUAGUUGAUGGGAGUAAGAGAAAAAUGGUGAUAAUUAAAGGGAAUAGAGAAAAAAUAUGAUAAAAGGGGAAUAAGGGAAAAAAUUAUAAACUUAAAUAGUAAAAAAAUGAUAAUUGGAGGAAACAGCAAAUAAACACAAUAAUUAAAAGAAUAUUCAGGAUAAACAGACACUGAUAAAUGAAGAGAACAGAAGAAAAACGUGAUAAUUAAAGGGAAUAGAAGAAAAACAAUGAUAAUGAGCGUACAGCAGGGAGACUUGAUAAAUGGAGGAAUAAGACACAAAUAUUGAUAAUAAAUAGAGUGGAAGAGAUAAACUGUGAUAAAAUUCAGUGUAUAGCAAAAAAUUCGUGAUAAAUUUGAGUGUGAAUGAAGAAAAUUAAGAUAAAAUGAAAAAUAGAGAAAUAAUGAUGAUAAAUGAGAUGAAUAGCAAAAACCAUGAUAAACGUAAAUAGAAAAUUAUAAAAAUAGAGAAAUAAUGAUGAUAAAUGAGGUGUAUAGGAGAAAUCAUGAUAAAUUUGAGUGUGAAUGAAGAAAAUGAUGAUAAGGUGAAAAAUAGAGAGAAAUAAUGAUGAUAAAUGAGGUGGAUAGGAGAAAUCAUGAUAAAUUUGUGUAAAUAGAGAAAAUGACAAGUAGUUUGGAUUAUUUAAGUUAUUUUUUUAGUAUUUUAUUGUAAUUAUUGUAUAGAUUGUGUGAAUGUGCAAAUAUUAAUUACAUUUUGCAUAAGUAAUAAUUAUAAUUGUGAAAGAAAUUA